GGUAUCACCGACAUAAUUAUGUCGAUGGUUGGUAUACAUGUUUACAAAUUUACAAUUGUUUUGACUUUGACGACAGACAUGAUAAUAUUGUUUAUUGAUUAGAUUCUAUAAUCUAACCUCACAUAUCGCUCGAAAAAUAAUAUUUUUAGUCCUUAUUUCUUAGAUAUUAAUAAUUUCAUAAAUGGAUGCUCAGUUACUGAUCGAAAUUUGUAUAUUGUGUAUAGUUUUGCUGAUUGCUCGAGUUUUAUAUUUAAUUCACAAAAUCACCACUGGCCAUAGUAAAUAUGCGUCUAAAAAAAGAGAAAGGCCAUGUAGAACCAUAAUUUGCAUAGGAUCAGGAGGACAUACAACAGAAAUGAUUACGCUGAUAAAAAACUUGGAUUUCACACAAUAUUCACCAAGAUAUUAUAUUAUGGCCAGGAGCGAUGUUACAAGUGAAGCGAAGGUUGAAGAACUUGAGAGAAAUAAAGCAACGACGGGACAAACAGCUGAUUUUGUAAUAUAUAAGAUACCAAGAAGUAGAGCAGUUCAUCAGUCAUUCCUCACAUCAGUAUUUACCACCAUUUUUUCUAUUCUCUACAGUGUUCCUAUUGUUUUCAAAAUAAAUCCCGAAUUAAUUCUUUGUAAUGGUCCAGGAACUUGCAUUCCAAUUUGUGGAUUAGGAUUUCUACUGAAAGUAUUCUUCAUUACUGAUACAAAAAUUGUUUUCAUUGAAAGUUUUUGUAGAACAAGAAGCUUAUCUUUAAGUGGUAAGAUAUUGCUCUAUUUAGCUGAUAAUUUUCUUGUUCAAUGGCCAAGAUUGAAGGAAAAAUUCAAAAGGACUGAUUAUAUUGGACAACUCAUGUAAUUUCAUGUUUCAAUUUAUAUUGCAGCUUAUACAAAUGGGCUAUGAUCUCGUGUAAAUAUAUUUUGACAGGUUAUUGACGGAUUAUCAUCAAUUUUUUAUCGCUGGAAUGGGCAUUUCCAGAUUUUAUAUGAUUUCUCGAAAUAUAACCAAAGUACAUAUAAAGAUUAUUAAAAGAUACUCUUUGAAGCAACUUGUCUCAUUCAAACAGUACCUUCUGUUCAAUAGUCUUUCAUAAAACAUAGCGACCUUGAAAUAUUUCAGGGAACCAAACUGAAUAUUGAUUUUCCAACUUCUUCAUUGUACCUGAAAUCUGUUAAUUUUCUUUAACUCAGAUGUAGCAGUUUGUUCAAUAAAGAUAUAUUCAUGCCUUCGAA